AUGAAGUUAGCCAGUCAUCUCCUCGCUAACGGUACAUGCUUCGCAUACUUUGUUCCCUUUGUCAGAGUGUGGAACGAUUCAGUUCCCCAUAAUAGUGCUGCACAAGACGCCACAGCGUUUGCAAUCCAGUAUGCAUAUCCAAUAUCUCAAUGGCAACAAACUGUGACGAACAUCUUGGAUGCUGUCGAUGAACCAAACACUCUAUGGCCGUAUCAUACACUUUCUGGUCCUCUAAAUCGCACGAUAGUCGGCCCAAAUCCAGACACGUUGUACAUUUGGGUGGCUGCCGACUUAUCACAUGAAGACCUCCCUUUUUACGAUAUACUGACCGAUCUCAUUUAUGGCAACAAUUUUGCCGAGAUGUCAAUCAAUGAGAACUCACCACCGGGGAACUAUUUGAUCAGACGUGCAGAUGAUGCCCUUGUUCAGCCAGGAAUCGAAUACACCACCGCGGCUGAACCAUCCAGCUACAAAGGUGUGAUAUCUUAUGCCACAACCUAUGGUACAAUGCUCGGUCGCAUCCUCGUACGCCAAAACACCACGCAAGAUAUUGCGACCAUACGCAGCUACCAAGAUCAGACUUUCCUUAAAACGAUUCCUCGUGAUACAUCUCAGCCUUUCACAGCACAAGCACCUAGAGUCUCACGCGCUCUCAUCGACACUUCGAACGCCACCGAUAGAGUCACGGGCUAUCUAGACCUGCUGGCCAAGAUUGCGUCCAAACUUGGCCUUGCUGGCAUUGUAGAUGGAGUCUACUCUCCACCUCGCACGGUUAACCUGGCUGCUUCUACCAUUGCAGCAAACGUCAGCAUCUCAGCGGCUUACUCCCAAAAUCUAAUUGAUGUCGGCAACAACUGGGUCAUACCCAAGGUUAGAUGCCAAGGCAUCUUCGGCGUCCAAUACGGCUGUCGUGCCUACCGCGCACUCCGCGGUUAUCUUGGCCUGCCCCUGAUCAAGUCGAUCGGGUUCUGGAGUUUGACUGUGUAUGGGGCGGACCAGUAUCUAGUGCCCAAUGAGCUGGGUAGGUACGUCAUCGGGGACCGAAGUACGCAGUUGAAGUAUGAGAAUGGAUGCUUGGUGUAUGCUGACGAUGGUGCGAAUCCGGCGAACGAGACUGCGCAUGGGAGAUUCCAGCUUCUAUUACAACCUGCUGAUGUUCCUCCACCGGAUAACUGGACUAGCAACUGGCUUCCGACUCCAGCGGGCGGUGGUAAGCUUCUGUACUCAGUACGGUUCUACUCACCAGCAGAGACCUUCACAGAUGGGGAAAACGUGUUUCCAAUUGUUGAAACUAUUGACGCAAUCAAGGGUUGA